AUGGACUCCAUGCACGAGAAGGGCCUGAGUGAGGAGAGCCGCUUCAGUCAGAUGAAGGGGAUGUCUAUGAGAGCAGGGGGGCACAGCGGUAUGGGCCCCCCACCCAGUCCUCUGGACCAACACUCACAGGGCUACCACUCUCCAUUAGGGGGUUCUGACCACUCCAGUCCUGUUGCAUCUAAUGGACCCCCAUCUGGUCCCCUAAUGCCAUCAUCUUCAUCCUCCUCCUCUUCCGUUGGUCCUGGGUCUUCCUCAGCCUCCUUAGACGGCCCCAGUGGAGACCAACACUCCUUGGGGCCUAAUAACAGGCCUGGGCCUCCAGGUAGUUCUGGACCAGUCCCAAGCUCUGGACCAGGUCUAGGCUCUGGUGUCUCUAGUCUUGGCUCUGGUCUUGAAAACAGUGGCUCUACUGGUCCUGGUGGCCCAACUCCCUUCAACCAGAACCAGCUCCAUCAACUCAGAGCCCAGAUCAUGGCUUAUAAGAUGCUAGCCCGGGGCCAACCUCUGCCGGAUCAUCUCCAAAUGGCCGUUCAAGGAAAGAGGCCGAUGCCAGGGAUGCAGCAGCAGCCCAUGACCAACUUGGUCCCUGGAGCUGCUGGAGGGCCAGGAGGUGCUCCAACAGGACCAGGGCCUGGACCAAUGGGCUCAGGCUACAGCCGAGCUCACGGAAUGAUGGGGCCCAAUAUGCCUCCCCCAGGUCCAUCAGGGACACCAGCUGGAAUGCAAGGACCAAACCCAAAUGGACCUCCAAAGUCCUGGCCUGAAGGUCCCAUGGUGAACGCAGCAGCCCCCUCUAAUGCGCCUCAAAAACUGAUCCCCCCUCAGCCCACGGGCAGGCCUUCCCCUGCCCCGCCUUCAGUUCCCCCAGCUGCUUCGCCUGUUAUGCCCCCACAGACCCAGUCCCCUGGUCAGCCAGCACAGCCUCCUCCCAUGAUGCCUUACCACGCCAAGCAGAACCGCAUCACACCCAUUCAGAAGCCCUGCGGCCUCGACCCCGUGGAGAUCCUGCAGGAGAGGGAGUAUAGGUUGCAGGCUCGGAUCGCUCAUCGCAUUGCUGAGCUGGAGAACCUUCCCGGUUCUUUAGCUGGUGAUUUACGCACCAAAGCUACGAUAGAGCUCAAAGCUCUCCGCCUGCUUAACUUCCAGAGACAGCUGCGUCAGGAGGUGGUGGUGUGCAUGAGGCGCGACACGGCUCUCGAGACGGCACUUGAUGCCAAGGCCUACAAGCGAAGCAAACGUCAGUCUCUGCGGGAGGCUCGCAUCACAGAGAAACUGGAGAAGCAGCAGAAGAUUGAGCAGGAGCGCAAACGUAGGCAGAAGCAUCAGGAGUACCUCAACAGCAUCCUGCAGCACGCCAAAGACUUCAAGGAGUAUCACCGUUCAAUCACGGGGAAGAUCCAGAAGCUGACCAAAGCUGUGGCCACCUACCACGCCAACACGGAGCGAGAGCAGAAGAAGGAGAACGAGCGUAUCGAGAAGGAACGAAUGAGGAGGCUCAUGGCUGAGGAUGAGGAGGGUUACCGGAAACUGAUCGACCAGAAGAAGGAUAAGCGCCUGGCCUACCUGCUGCAGCAAACUGACGAGUACGUCGCCAACCUGACGGAGCUGGUCCGAGCCCACAAAGCUGCUCAGGCCCUGAAGGAGAAGAAGAAGAAGAAGAAGAAAAAGAAGAAGCUGGAGAACGCAGAGGGACAGACUCCUGCUCUGGGGCCUGAUGGAGAGCCUCUGGAUGAGACGAGCCAGAUGAGUGACCUGCCUGUGAAGGUCAUCCACGUGGACAGCGGGAACAUCCUGACCGGUGUGGACGCUCCCAAAGCUGGACAGCUGGAGACCUGGCUGGAGAUGAACCCUGGUUACGAGGUAGCUCCACGCUCAGACAGUGAAGACAGUGAAGAUGAGGAAGAGGAGGAGGAGGAUGAGGAGGAGUCUCAGCCUUCGUCAGCUCCAGUCGAGGAAAAGAAGAAGAUUUCAGACCCGGACAGUGAAGAUGUGUCAGAGGUGGAUGUCCAACAUAUCAUUGAGCAUGCCAAACAGGACGUGGACGAUGAGUACAGUGGUGCAGCGUUCGCUCGAGGACUUCAGUCCUAUUACGCUGUGGCUCACGCUGUCACAGAGAAGGUGGACAAACAGUCCACUCUACUGAUAAAUGGGCAGCUUAAGCAGUACCAGAUUAAAGGUCUCGAGUGGCUGGUUUCUCUUUACAACAACAACCUAAAUGGGAUCCUGGCUGAUGAGAUGGGUCUGGGGAAAACCAUCCAGACCAUCGCUCUCAUUACAUACCUCAUGGAGCACAAACGGCUCAAUGGACCCUACCUCAUCAUUGUACCCCUAUCAACUUUAUCUAACUGGGUGUACGAGUUCGACAAGUGGGCCCCGUCAGUGGUGAAAGUGUCCUACAAGGGGUCUCCUGCUGCUAGAAGAGCCUUUGUCCCUCAGCUUCGCAGCGGCAAGUUUAAUGUUUUACUCACCACUUAUGAGUACAUCAUCAAGGACAAGCAAGUGCUGGCCAAGAUUCGCUGGAAGUACAUGAUUGUGGACGAAGGACACCGUAUGAAGAACCACCACUGUAAACUGACCCAGGUCCUGAACACCCACUACCUUGCUCCAAGACGAGUCCUGCUGACCGGGACUCCGCUGCAGAACAAACUACCUGAGCUGUGGGCACUUCUCAACUUCCUGUUGCCCACCAUUUUCAAGAGCUGCAGCACCUUCGAGCAGUGGUUCAAUGCUCCUUUUGCCAUGACUGGAGAGAAGGUGGACCUUAAUGAGGAGGAGACCAUCUUGAUUAUUCGCCGCCUACACAAAGUGCUACGCCCCUUCCUGUUACGGAGAUUAAAGAAGGAAGUGGAGGCACAGCUUCCAGAGAAGGGAAAAGGAGGCACAAAGACACUGAUGAACACCAUCAUGCAGCUGAGGAAGAUCUGCAACCAUCCUUACAUGUUUCAGCAGAUCGAGGAGUCCUUCUCUGAACAUUUAGGGUUCUCCGGUGGGAUAGUCCAGGGCCCUGACCUGUAUCGAGCAUCGGGAAAGUUUGAAGUGUUGGAUCGAAUCCUGCCAAAGCUAAGAGCCACCAACCACAAGGUGCUGCUCUUCUGUCAGAUGACCUCGCUCAUGACCAUCAUGGAGGACUACUUCGCCUACCGCAGCUUCAAGUACCUGCGCCUGGAUGGCACCACGAAGGCUGAAGACAGAGGGAUGUUACUGAAGACAUUCAAUGACCCAGAGUCGGAGUACUUUAUCUUUCUCCUGAGCACACGAGCAGGAGGUCUCGGUCUGAACCUGCAGUCUGCCGACACUGUGAUUAUUUUUGACUCGGACUGGAACCCACAUCAGGACCUGCAGGCUCAGGACCGAGCCCACCGCAUCGGUCAGCAGAACGAGGUGCGCGUGCUGCGUCUCUGCACAGUCAAUAGUGUGGAGGAAAAAAUCCUGGCAGCAGCUAAAUACAAACUCAACGUGGACCAGAAGGUCAUUCAGGCUGGCAUGUUUGACCAGAAGUCUUCCAGCCACGAGCGCAGGGCCUUCCUGCAGGCCAUCCUGGAGCACGAGGAGCAAGACGAGGUCUGGGGUCAAGAAGUCAUGAAUGAGGAGGACGAGGUGCCCGAUGAUGAGACGGUGAACCAGAUGAUCGCCAGGAGUGAAGAAGAGUUUGAGCAGUUCAUGCGCAUGGAUCUGGACAGGCGUCGCGAAGAGGCCCGCAACCCCCGGCGAAAACCCCGCCUGAUGGAGGAGGACGAGCUGCCCACCUGGAUCAUGAAAGACGACGCUGAAGUCGAGCGGCUGACCUGCGAGGAGGAGGAGGAGAAAAUGUUUGGGCGAGGUUCUCGGCAGCGGAAGGAGGUGGACUACAGCGAUUCCCUGACAGAGAAGCAAUGGCUCAAGGCGAUUGAGGAAGGCACGCUCGAGGAGGUGGAGGAAGAAGUGCGCCACAAAAAGACGACCCGCAAGAGGAGGCGGGACCGUGACCUGGAUCACCCUGGUCCCUCCGGUUCCUCUGGGAGCCGAGGACGAGGGGACAGAGACGAUGACGGGAAGAGGCAGAGGAAGAGGGGACGCCCACCGGUAGAGAAACUGUCCCCCAAUCCCCCCUCCCUCACAAAGAAGAUGAAGAAAAUUGUGGACGCUGUCAUAAAAUACAAAGACAGCACCAGCGGGCGUCAGCUGAGCGAGGUGUUCAUCCAGCUGCCGUCUCGAAAAGAGCUGCCAGAAUAUUACGAACUAAUCCGCAAGCCAGUGGACUUCAGGAAGAUCAAGGAGAGGAUUCGAAGUCAUCGUUACCGCAGCCUGGGUGACCUGGAAAGAGACGUCAUGCUGCUCUUCCAAAACGCUCAGACCUUCAACCUGGAGGGCUCCCUGAUUUAUGAAGACUCCAUCGUUCUCCAGUCAGUGUUCACCAGCCUGAAGCAGAAGAUCGAGAAGGAGGAGGAGAGUGAUGGAGAGGAGAGCGAGGAAGAGGAGGAGGAGCAGGAGGACGGCUCAGAGUCUGAAUCGCGCUCUGUGAAGGUGAAAAUCAGGCUGGGCAGGAAGGAGAAAGGUGGCGAUCGAGGGAAAGGUCGCAGUAGGCGGUCAGGACGGACUCGAGCCAAACCUGUGGUCAGUGACGACGACUCCGAGGACGAGCAGGAAGAGGAGCGCUCUCCCAGCGGCACUGAUGAAGACUCCUAAACUGUGAUGAAGAGCAGCUCAUCCACCAAACAUCACGUGAUCGCCGCAGCUAGCCUCCGUCAGCUCCAUUCAGCCUCAGUGAAACGAUGCAGAGCAGACCGGCACAACGAGACCGGUCCCAACCGGACAGCUUUAAUAAAGAAACGCAGCUUACAACCGCUGACUAUCAAUUUGAACCAGAUGCUCCAGUGAAGUUAAACCCAGUCUGCUGACUGUCAAUUUGAACCAGAUGCUACAGUGAAGUUAAACCCAUGCGGCUGACUGUCGAUUUGAACCAGAUGCUACAGUGAAGUCAAACCAAACCUGCUGAAUGUCUAUUUGAACAGAUGCUCCAGUGAAGUUAAACCCAUGCUGCUGACAGUCA